UCGGCGUCCUCCCUGACAAGCCUCGGCCAAACAAAACCAGCGAUUUCUAAUCGAUAGGCUGCUCGCCACGGGGUCGUGGAGGUAUCGUGGACAUGUAUGCCAUAAGUCCGGACAGAAACGCGUCGCCGAAGAAGAAGACGUUGUCUCGAGGGAUGAGCGAGGACGAGUCGCUCCGCAGCAUUAUAAAGGAGACGGACUGCCCGUCCAGGCGUCUGAGCCGCGCGGACAGCAGAGGCGGAACCCUUAAGAAGAGGACCGGCGGUCAGCAGUCUGACCAGGACCUGUUCAUGGGCCUCCCAGAAAUGGGCAUAUCUCCACCUCUCCAGGCUCUCCUCAACCUGCACCCUACUCUCACCUUACUACAGAUCACAAUGUCAUCCGCAAACGUCAUAGUCCACGGAGACUCCUGUCUGAUCUCAUCCGUCAACUUCUCCUUGGAGCUACAGGCCAGCUAUGAUGAGGUGGUCCAGGAGCUGCAUGGGCUGGAGGUAGAGCGAGAAGGUCUGUUGUUCCAGGUGGACAUCCUGCAGGACACUCUCGAGGGUGUGGAGGAGCUGCUGGCGGAGGCCCAGAGAGAAGCUGGACAAGCCAACAUGGAGUUGGAGCGGGAGCGAGAGGCCAGGAAGAAAUGGGAGGACAUGGUCUGCUCUCUGACGCAAGAGCUGGAAAGGUUAAAAGAGGAGAGAAGCGCCACGCCUGCUGCUCCAGCACACAUGACUGGUGGAGAGAGGACGAGGGAGAAUGAGGUGACUGGUCAGAUCCACCCAGUGAAAAAGGAGGACAGUCGAGAGGCAUUCAGAGAAGAUAAUGUUGGCACGAGCUCCUUGAUGAAAUAUGAGGAAAUGGGGAAGGGGGAAGGGGCAGAACAUAAUGGAAGCCCUCUCACUAAGCCCCACAGAAUGGCCAGUAAGACCACUGGGCAGUUGCCCACACUUGAAUUGGGCAGCCAGCUCACUGAGGAGGGGAUCUACAGAAGGCCUUAUGAAAGUCAGGAAGAGGAUGGACGAGACCUGUCUCCCGAAAACAGCAAUGACACCGAUAGCAUAAGUGCCUAUGAGGAUGCAACCGCCGAGACACCAGAGCAAGACGACAGCUUUCCAGAGGGAACUGCCCCUGGCACGGAGGAGCUGCCUGACGAUGCACUGGCCACAGUCGAUGAGAAGGGGAAACCAGAUCACUGCCAUCAGGAUGAUAGCUCUGAGCCCUCAGACCCCAGAAGUCCUGAUUCUUGUAUUCUGUCAUAAAUCUUCCACUUAUUUUACCCUCUUUAUUCUUACAUUGAUAAAAACAUUGGACAGCGUUUAUGUAAAAUUGAGGGACAUUGACGGUGGUUAAAAAAAAAAAAUCUGCUGUUGUGGGGCGUCCGGGAGGCGUGGCGGUCUAUUCCGUUGCCUACCAGCACAGGGAUCGCUGGUUCGAAUCCCCGUGUUACCUCUGGCUUGGUCGGGUGUCCCUACAGACACAAUUGGCUGUGUCUGUGGGUGGGAAGCCAGAUGUGGGUAUGUGUCCUGGUCACUACACUG